CGACAACAUUAUUCCACGCCAGCUUGGACUUUUGCAUUCAUCCACAACCAAACGACCCGACCCCAACAUGUCCGCAAAGACCUACACCAUCGACGACCUCCAGGCCCACAAGAGCCGCGAGAGCCUCUACCUCCUCCUCUCGGGCAAGGUCUACGACGUGACCCAGUUCUUGGACGAGCACCCAGGCGGUGACGAGGUUCUCCUCGAGGAGGGUGGCCGCGACGCCACCGAGGCCUUUGAGGACGUCGGCCACUCGGACGAGGCGCGCGACAUGCUCCCCAAGAUGCUCCUGGGAUCAUUCGACGGACCUACCAAGGUCGCCAAGGCCGCCGGCAGCACUGCGACUGCUGCCUCCGGUGGCUCCACUGGUGGCGACUACAAGUUCCUCCUCCCCGUCGCCGUCCUCAUUGCCUGGAUCGCCUACCGUUUCCUCCAGGGUUAGAGUUAGGAUGUGGUUGUUAGCAUGCACUGCCAUCUAAAUAAUGCCAUGACACUGUUCCGAG